CGACUCCACUCUCUACCCGCACGCCAGAAUGACAAGCAGAGCUCAGCUCCAGCCACGCCACGCCACGCCGCGCAGCCCCCCGCUGCCUCUCCCCCGGCCUUUGCUGCUGGCUGGCUGGCUGGCUCAAGCGUCGAGUCUAAUCCCGGAGAUAGGCAAGAUCCCUAGACGCAUCGCGAUUGGCAAGCACACCAUACCCAGCGGGGCCUAUACCACCCACUGCCCAACACCCGCAAGCGAGUCGUAGCAGUAGCUAG